ACAUCAUUAUUGGUUGAGCCUUGGCUGAACAUGUUGAACUUGGUAUUAAUAUUAAUCGGACUCGGUUUGGCGGCUGCCAACGAUGAUGGCUGCAACGAAAUGGUCUGCGGCUCGGUGGUGUCCAAGUGUCUGCUUACCCAGAGCUGUCAGUGUAAGCUGAAUGACUGUCAUUGCUGCAAGGAUUGCCUGAACUGCCUGGGCGAGCUGUACACGGAGUGCUGUGGAUGUUUGGAUAUGUGCCCGAAGCACAAAGAUGCUCCAACCUCAUUGACGCUCCGGUCGGAGAUUGGCGAUGUUGACGGUGUACCCGAAUUGUUUGAUACACUCACGGCCGAGGACGAUGACCAAUGGGCCACCAUACGCAUUCCCAUGCGCUUGGGCGUUAAACAGCGCAUCGAAGGUGAAUCUAAUCUUGUUAAUCAGCCCAGAUACAGGCCGGCUGCUAUUGUCAACUGCACUGUCAUUUACGUUAACUCUUGCAUUCGAUCAAACAAAUGCAAGCAACAAUGUGAAAGCAUGGGAGCCAAUAGCUAUCGCUGGUUCCACGAUGGCUGCUGCGAGUGCGUGGGUGCCCACUGUCUUAACUAUGGAAUUAACGAGAGCCGCUGCAGCGCCUGUCCGGAUCAGGAGCUUCUUGCGGCUGAUACUGUGAGUGCCGAUGCUGAACAGGAUCUGGAGCGUAUAUUCGGCUUUGAAGAUGAUUCGUCCAAUGAUAUGUGGGACUAUGUUGAGGAGGACGACAUGGAUUAGAUGCACCCUAAUCUGACAUCAAAUUCACCUACAUUGUACCUAAAUUGUUAUUAACUGAAUAAACCAUACCUCUGGUAUACAAAAUACUUUCAA